AGUCGUGAGCGAGGCAGGCUGAGAAACGGACAAAGAUCACCAGCCUCCCUCCGAGAAUAAUAAAUAAGUUGACACAGAAAUCAGGAGUGAAAAUAAUAGUGACUAUAAACUCUGUGCUAAUUAUAUUUUAUUAUUUAUACAUACCUACAAAGUGUUACCAUGACUUUAUCAUAAUCAUUCAGUGCAACAACACCCAACUUGUUUACAAUACUUCAAAUUAAACCAUAAUCAUUGGUUUUGGUGAUACAACAGUAGAACAAUCGCAUGAAGAUGGUUUCAUAAUCAUUGUGUCUCCGAGUGACAUUGGCCGAUAUAUUUCCAGUUUGACAUUUGAAGUGCCUCUGGACCCCAGAUGAGAGGAAAAAGAUGCCAUGACAGGCAACAUUACCGACGAACUUUGCAAGAUUUGUGACGGUAGGAUCGAGUGCGCGCCCACUGCUAUACUCCUCAUAUCUCUAGUUCACACGCUUUAUGGGCAUAUUGGCCCUGAGCCGGACUACUUUGGGAAGAACAAGGAAUCCUUGAUCAAGCAGGUGUGGAAACCGAAUCCGAAGUUCGAAGAGGACCCAUAUCCGAAGUACAAGUCAUAUACGUAUCAUGAGUCGAUGGCGGAAGAGGAGAAGAAGAAGGACGAGGUUAACAUCCACCGCAGCACGGAGUAUGACUUCAUCAUCGUCGGUGGAGGCACCGCCGGCUGUGUGCUGGCCAGCCGACUGUCGGAGAACAGGAAGUGGAAGGUGUUACUUGUGGAGGCAGGUCCCGAAGAGCCGAAGAUGGCGCUGAUUCCGGGACUCACCAGCGAGUUCCGAGGGUCCGCUCUGGACUGGCAGUUCAGCAUGCGACCAAAGAAGGGGUUUUGUCAGAACCGCUCGGAUAGAGGAUGCGAGGUCGUUCAGGGCAGGGUCCUCGGAGGCACCUCCUCCAUCAAUGACAUGGCCUACGUGAGAGGGAGCCCUGCCGACUAUGACGAGUGGGCCCUCAGCGGAAACGAAGGCUGGAGCUUUGCCACUGUACUCCCUUACUUCAAAUACUCUGAAGGAAAUUACGAUAAAGAUGUCUCGAAAAAUAAAUACUUCCACUCAACUCAGGGACCCCUAGACGUUGGACGGUAUCCCUAUGUCGAUGUAAAUGUGGACGUACUUCUUAGCGCAUUUAAUGAACUUGGUUACAACUACACAGACGUAAAUGGAAGAAACCAACUCGGCUUCAUGAGAAUACAGACCACAUCUUACUUUGGCGAACGCGUCAGUUCCUACACAGCCUUCAUAGAACCGAUCAGAAAAAUGCGAACGAAUAUUGAUAUAAUAACAGAAGCCUUAGUUUUUAAAAUAUUAUUUGAAGAAGAUGGUAAGGACACUAGAGCAGUAGGAGUAGAUUAUAUAAAAAACGGUACAAUGUAUAGAGCGUACGCUAAUAAAGAAGUUAUAAUUAGUGCUGGUGCGAUAAAUUCACCAAAGCUGCUGAUGCAGUCCGGUAUAGGCCCCAAGGAUUACUUAGAAUAUUUAGAUGUUAAAGUGACGUACGACUUGCCUGUGGGAGGCAACUUCCACGAUCAUGUAUCAGUAUGUUUACCAGUGAUAAGAUUAACGAAAACUGCCACAAUAUCAAAAUUUACAGAAAAACUAAAGGACAUAACUACUUAUUAUUCAAAAGGUAUUGGUCCUUUGUCUGCUAACUUUCAAGUGGUUGCUUUCAUUGAGACUAGUCUGUCUGAUGUCAUCGGCACACCAGAUAUUGAGGUGAGAUUUAAAGGCCACGACUCGAACAUGUACUAUGAUAAGAUUGACAUGUGUAUAUCACUACUAACACCAAAAAGUCGUGGUCAAAUCGUACUAAAUGCAUCAGAUCCUAUAUUUGGAAAACCGUUGAUUUAUCCAAAUUUUCUCAAAGAUCCUUCAGACGAAAAGAAACUUUUAGAAGGCAUCCAAGAAGCAGUCAAACUGUUUGAUACAGAAGUAUUCAGGACAGCUGGAGUAGACUUUGACCCUCGGCCUAUUCUGAACAAUGAAUGUAAAGAUCAUGAGAGAGUGUCUGAAGAUUUCUGGUCUUGCAUUAUUCGGCAUUUCUCAGCACCUUUACAUAAUUACGUCGGAUCAUGUAAAAUGGGCCCCACAAGAGACCCCGAAGCAAUUGUUGAUAAUGAGUUAAGAGUAUACGGAGUUUCUAAUUUAAGGGUAGUGGAUGCAUCUGUCAUACCCAAAAUAACAAGAGGACCCACGUCUGCAGCUGUUAUCAUGAUAGCUGAAAAGGCAAGUGAUUUAAUAAAAACAUCUUGGUAUUAA